AUGACAACAGGAUUAGAAAUCCUCUACCAGCUCACCAGCAAGAGAAAGUAUGAGCUGAGAGUGGACCUGGAGGACUUUGAGGGAGGGAAGGUUUACGCUCAGUACUCUACUUUCUCUGUGGACUCUGAAGUCAACGGCUACAAACUCACCGUUGCUGGAUUCAUAAAUGGAGGAGGAGGUGACUCACUGACAUACCACAAUGGACAGAAGUUCUCCACCUUCGACAAAGACCAGGACUCCUGGCCUGGUAACUGUGCUAAAUCCUUCCUUGGAGCAUUUUGGUACAAUGCUUGUCAUUAUGCUAACCCCAACGGUAUCUAUCUGUGGGGAAGGGAUGGCACCUUUUAUGCUAUUGGCGAUGUGUGGUCUACCUGGAAACCCUAUGAUUACGGUCUCAAGUCCAUCACUAUGAAGAUCAGGCCUGUGGCCUAGACCCGUGCAAUGGGUUCCUCUUUCUUAAGAUGAAAAAGGCAGAAUCAGAUUUUCUUUUCCUUUUUUCUUUGUAGCAUGCAGCCUCUGGAGACAGACACAAAGUUGAGCUAGUUUAUUAGAAGAAUGCUGUUCUGUUUAAAUCUGUGCAUGUCUUAAUCAGUACAUCAAAUUUAAUAAAAUCUA